CGGCCGGCGCGUCGCUUCAUAACACCGCCGCCUCAUCUGAGAAGCUUUCAUUUCCCGACCGACAGGAAAUUGCGGCGGCCGCUCGCCCUCCUUAUCGCGCGUCGGCUUAUCCGCGCGCGAGACUUUGGGCUCGUACGUGCCGUCGGCAGAUUAGAAAGUCUCCCCCUUUUGCGUGGACGUCAUCGGCGGGCUCCGUUUUCAGAAGCGGGGGCCCCUCCCUCCGCGCCCUGCCUUUUUAAGCGGGGCGGCGUCGGUCGGUCGGGCCAGCUCGUCCGUCGUCUUCCGCGGCCGGCCGUCAUUCAGACUGGAGCGCUCGUGGUACUCGUACACCCACUGGUACCCCAUGGCGUCUUCCCACGUGAGCAAGGGCGGCGGACGGGAGGCGCCGGCGAAGCCGCCCGCCGCGCCACCCGCCAUGAUGAUGUUCUCCAGCAAGUACUGGAGCCGGCGCGGGCUCUCCUUCGACUCGGCCGUGGCGGACGGACGCACGCCGCCGCCUUCGCGCCACACCGGCGGACAGAUGUCUCGUCGCCCGUCCUACACUCCCGCGGCGGAGAGCGUCGGAGGGCCUGGCCGGGCGGUGGUCUUCUCGCUCAAGAACGAAGUGGGACGCCUGGUCCGAGCGCUGCGACUAUUCCAGGAGAAGCGAGUCAACCUGAAGCACAUCGAAUCGCGCGCUUCCAGGCGCGCCGCCGACGAGGUGGAGAUCUUGGUGGACUGCGUCUGCGACGAGAAAGACUUUGAGGAGCUGCUGGAAGUUCUGAAGGAGCGCGUGGACAUCCUGUCCUCGGACACGCCCGAGCGCGUCUGGGCGGCGCCGGACGGUCGGUCGCUCGCUCGCUCGCUCGCCCGCCCCGCUUCACACUGCCGCCUGACGCGCGCCCCUGUAUGUGUCGCAGAUGACGUUCCCUGGUUCCCCAUGAAGAUCUCCGAACUGGAUCAGUGCUCGCACAGAGUCUUGAUGUACGGAUCGGAACUGGACGCCGAGCACCCGGGUUUCAAAGACCCGGUUUACCGUCAGCGCCGCAAGUAUUUCGUGGAGGUGGCCAUGAAGUACAAGUUCGGAGAGCCCAUCCCCCGCGUGGAGUACACCCCCGAGGAGGUGCGCACCUGGGGCGUGGUCUUCGGGGAGCUCGGCAAGCUGUACCCCACGCACGCUUGCAAAGAGUACCUGAAGAACCUGCCCUUGCUCGGCCGGCACUGCGGCUAUCGGCGCGACAACAUUCCUCAGCUGGAGGACGUCUCGCGCUUCCUCAGAGAGCGCUCCGGCUUCACCGUGCGACCGGUGGCGGGUUACCUGUCGCCGCGAGACUUCCUGGCGGGUCUGGCCUACCGAGUCUUCAACUGCACGCAAUACGUCCGUCACGGCAGCGACCCGCUCUACACGCCCGAACCGGACACGUGUCACGAGCUCCUGGGUCACGUUCCCCUGCUGGCCGACCCCAAGUUCGCUCGGUUUUCUCAGGAGAUCGGCCUGGCCUCCCUCGGCGCUUCCGACCUCGACGUGCAGAAACUGGCCACGUGUUACUUCUUCACCGUGGAGUUUGGCCUCUGCAAACAAGAAGGUCAGCUGAGAGCCUACGGCGCCGGCUUGCUGUCGUCCAUCGGAGAGCUCAAGCACGCCUUGUCGCCCGAGGCGCGCGUGAUGCCCUUUGACCCGGAGACCACCUGCGGGCAAGAAUGUCUCAUCACCUGCUUCCAGGAGGUUUACUUUGUCUCGGACAGCUUCGACGAGGCCAAGCAGAAGAUGCGAGAGUUCGCCAAGACCAUCCGGCGUCCCUUCUCGGUGUACUACGACCCGUACACGCAGAGCGUCGACCUGCUGAAAGACACGCGCGGCAUCGAGGACGUGGUCAACAACCUCCGCGGCGACCUGACCACCGUCUGCGACGCGCUGGCCAAGAUGAACACCUAUAUGGGCAUCUGAGCGCGCCGGCCGUCGUCCGACAAACGAUAGAAACCGUUAGACGGCUUUUAGCCCGAACCCGUUCUGUCAAUCGAGUAUGAAAUAAAGGUGUCGCCGUAAGCAAACCUUCUUCGGUGUCUUCUUAACGGACCGAGCGACCGACAGACGUCCGUUUGAAUCCGCGCGCGCGACAUUACCUGUGAUGCGGGGGUGUCCUCGAGGUCAUCGAACACGCUGCCGCCGAAACCCGCGCUCAAGCCGAGCCUUUCGCGAUGAAGGAAUCCGACCUUUCGGCCAGACUGCCGUGAACGCCGCCGGGCGGGACCGCACUACGACCCGACUAAAAGGCCAAACUUGCCGCGUUUUAAGCCCGCAGUCGACCGUAGGUGCGGCCGCUGUCAAUCUUCUGCGGUCAGGGUGAGGUUGCGCUGAUCCUGCAACUGUUACUCAUUGGCAUCGGGCUCUUUCGUCCGCCCACAUACAGUCUUGCUUGUUUACCAAAGCUAUGAUUAAAUGCCUUUUUAUGGUACGUUAGAAUAAUACACUCGGUUACUACGAGAAAAGGUACUAUUCCCUUCAAUGACUAUAUCACACCGAUUCUCGGAGUAACUGGAAACGCGACGCUAACGAGAGUCCGCGUCUACGAUCCGCCCGUGAGACGCUUUCUGGAAAUGUACCUAAUAACCCCCGAAACACACAGAGUCCGUCCGCCGCGCUACGCUCUGCGCCGUUCCGAAUGACGCAACAAAUACGACGCAGAUCGCGCGCGCGAUGCCCAUCGCCCGCAGCGUUCGGUCCGUGCCAUGCGGUCCGUACACCCGCGGACUCUAGACGCGCGUGCGCAAAACGGAGGAGACAACGUGAUCAGAUCAACACAAAGUUGAUGAUUGUGAUAGUAUUUUCAGGGAGAAAAAACACGCCAAAUAGCACAAAGGCCAAUAGUACAGUUUAGCUACAGUUAAAUUCCGUUCAACACACGCACACAAUAAUACAGUAUAUCAUCUAGGUACGCCCACACGCUAGAAGUAAGAUCGGGGCUAAAAAAUCCAGCCCGACCUGACCCAGCCGGGCACGCGGGUAUUAAAGCCCGACCCGGCCCGAUCGAUGAACUUGAUUUGCGGGCCCGGGCCGAAAACACAUCAAAUUUUGCGCUUUAUUUGUAGGGCGGAGCACGAACCCCCACUGAAAUGUUAGGUUUUAUUUGUGAGGAGUCGGGAGAAGGAGGAAAUGCCAUACGUCAGUCAGACCCGGACAGAGCACUGCUUGGAAAAAACAAAUGAAAGCCCAACUUAUGUCAAGAAUUCUCCCAAACAAGACUGUGCAUGCAUAAUCAAUAAACACUGAUAUAUUUGUGUGUCUGUUCAUGUUUCAUUUCCUUGGCAAUUAAAUGCAGCAGCAUUGAUUUGAAUUUCCUCGAGUUAGCAGUGCAAAUGCAAGUUUUUUAAAUGUUGAAACAUAUUUUUAUAAUGCGUUUUCACAACGAAAUAACCCCGGAAAAGAUCAAUAUAUUUCUGGCUCCUGCAUGUUUGCAAUUCCCAUCCAUGGCCUUUCAUCCAAAUGAUUUAUUUUUGAACAAGUAUUCCUUAGUUUAACAUCCAUACAUCGUUUUAGUUUGCAUAUAUAAAUCUAUAUUUAUUACAAAAACGUUAGCGAGAGAGAAGCCCGGCCCGAAUGUCAUAAUUGACAUUUUAGGCCCGACCCUGCACGAAAUUCGGGUCGGAUCAGGUUCGGGCUUAAAGUGAUUCUCUAAGUACAUGUAGGCUCUAAUAAACCACAAUUGUUCUCUUGUACUAAAAUAUGUUGUUAGAAACACAUCAGAUGUUCAAUCAAUGGCAAUAUUUUAUAAUAUUUAGUCCAUAUUUUGACCGUUAGUUGGCGCCAUGGUUUGCGGGCUCGCAGUGAUGACGUCAUUGGGAGCUUUCCAAAUGUGUAGCGUGUUCAACAAUUGCUUAUUGUUGCCUUAAGUCGCCAAAUAAAAUGGCACCAUGUGCUGCUUUUGGAUGCAAUUUCCAGUCAAAUGGAAACAAGGGGAGUGAAGUGAGUGGUCAAGGUGGAAUGAUUAUUUUGAGUGAAUAAAUGUGCAUAAGUGGAAGCUUCUCCCCCUUUUUGGGCCCUGUAUGCACCUAUCCCACCCACCACGCGUUGCAACUGGAUUUUUCCUGGAGCCAAGGAAUCCAUCUAUUUUCUGGAUCCGACGGUCCCACCGCGUCUGCAAUAUUGGUGUCGGAUCUGUCCAUUUGUUUGAUUCGACGGUCCCACAGCGGCUUUUCGGAUCCGUCUAUUUGGUGGAAUCGACCGCCUGAUCGUGGCUGGCUGCGACAUUGCCAUGGGAUCGGUCUAAUUCCUGGAUCUUCGUGUGAGUCAAAAACGCGGAUUUGGAUUACUAUUGCUAUCUUUUUUUGUUGACUGUUCUUUGUGGGAGUUUUCCCCAAAUCAUACCAAAUAUUUCAAGCACUAUGGCAGGCUACAGUGACGACAGUGACUCUGACGUGGACCUUACAACAAUGUUGGAGUUGGUCAGGGAACGCGUGUUUGCGUACUGCUGAGCUCCCGAGUGAAGAGUGGUCAAGGUGGAAAUAUUUUUUUUUGGGUGAAUAAAUGUGCAUAAGUGGACGCUUCUCCCCUUUUUGGUACUUUUAUACACGUAUCCUAGCUACCACGCGUUACAAUGUACAAUACAAGGUGUGCUCUUUGCCCCGUACUGUAUGUAAAGCACACGACAGCUCUGGAUGCCAACAAUCUACAUAAUUAUAUUGGGAUAAGUUUGAAAACGCAACAUGCU